AUGCAGGACACUGCUUCACCCUUUCCUCACCACCGUACGCCGGCGAUGUACCAGGCCGGCGUGCAGCAUCAGGCCAACAGACGCGAAAACGCAGCGCUGCUGCCUACCUCGUCUGCUGGAAAUGGUGCCAACGGUAAGCGGCUCAGUCACUGGGGCCGCAGCCUGUUGCGUGGCUUCUACCACAUAAAAUGGCAUCAGCGCACGCAGUGUGCCAUUGUAGCGUCUUUGCUGUCGUUCUUCACCCUUUUUGUGCUCGUGAACACUCUUCUUCAGGUAUCGAGUCUGACGCAGUCGUUUUAUGCGGUUUUCUCGGGACGGACUUCCGCGCCGCGAGCAUUCCUGGAGGACGAGCUUGUUAUACAUAGCCCUCGUGUGCCUCCGAAUGGAGCGUUUUGUGGCCUGUGUACAGAGGGCCUCGUUGUCUUCCGUCCAGGCCCUGUCGCGUCACGGGAAGCUAUGGAUGCUAAGGAUGGAUACCGAGGUGGCAGUGACGGUAAUCAGUACAUCGCGCCUGCGUACUUUGCGACAGCAGCCGUUCGAGACACAGACGUAGACAGCGAUGUCCCACCGCCGUGGAGAAUUGACACUACCGAGGACCUUAAUGGGGUGGUAAUGCGUUUCGCCAGGGACGCGGCUCAGACCACAGAGUCGUCGUCGCCGCUGACAAGUGACCUGCACUGCCCGACCUAUUUCCUCACGGCAAACCUUGGCCGCUUUGGCCGGCAUCACAAUCAGCUGCAGGAGAUCUUGAACGGCAUCUCGCUGGCCAAGAGAUCGAACCGCACGUUUAUUCUGCCACCCUUCGUGCCGGCGCUGUACAUGUCCUACUUGAAGCUAAAUCCAGAGCUUCUGUACGGAUGGAAUGCCCUGCGCAGAAACGGCCGUUACUGUGUUCUGUCGUACGCCGAGGCGCGGCCAAUACUGCAGCAUCUGCGUGAGCGCGAUGGGGUGGUGCGUAUGGAACGGGUCAGCUUUGCCGCCACUGCAGACCUGCACCUGCUGUUCAACACAACAGAAGAGCACGACAGCUACGCGUGGGGACCCAUGCCUCGCGUGCCGGGCAAGGAUGGCGCGUUUGUGUAUGAUGCGGAUGACUGGUUCUCGAUGGGGUUGCCGCAAAGGGAGAUGACGGCGCACACCUCAGGCAAUACCUCACUGGUGCCAUCGCCGCUAACGUUCCACGAGGCAAGGCCGCCUAGCGCGGAGGAGUGCAGUGGCUUCGCCGGCCCCACUCCGAACAAGAACCAAACCCAGUGGGAAAGGAUUCGCAGGUGCACCACGGCGUUUCUGCGCACCUACGGCGAUGGUGACGGGAGAUGCGAGUCGUCGUUAGCCUCACGGCGACAGCCACGCAUCGUGGUGAUCUCGGGCGUCACAGCGUUUCACCUGCGGCCGACGCUGACGGAAAUGACCAGGCUGCUUGCCCUCCUGCGGCCGUCGUCGACCCUCGCGGUGGAGAUUGGCCGGUACUACCGACUCUACGCAGCGCAGCUCCAGUGGCCAGCCAACACCGAUCCCAAGCGCUCUUUUUUAAACGUCCUGCAGCCCUUUCGAUACAAGAGCACAAUUGGUGUGCACGUGCGCCGUCGCGAGUCUACGUGUCGCGAGGAGGCCGAGCACCCCAGCGCCACCAUUGUCGCCAUGUCGGAGGCGCGCUACCGAUUUGACGGGACGGGUGAAAAAGAUAGCACCACUCCUGGUCGGCCCCUCACCACGGUAGCGCGACUGGCGAACGACUGCGGAUGGGAUUCGGUGUCGCUGUUGCACAUCUACGACACCUACGCGGGCUGGAUGAGAUCCCCACAGGCGCGGGGUCUAACGCGAUCAGAUUGCUCUGCGCAUGUGCCGCCCCCAAACAAGCAGGUGCUGCGGGGCUACAUCGCCUUUGACGAGCAGGUUGGUCCCAUUGGCUCUCAACUACAAGCUGCACUGCAGCAGCGGUACAACCCACUAAAGAAGCGCGCCGCAAGCGGAUACCUGCCCAUCUAUGCUGCCUUCUACGACCACCGGCCCCGCCGAGACCUCUUCCAGACCUAUCAAGAAAUCCUGGCGAGAUGGGAGCAUCCACCCACGGACACGCAACGCGCCGAUGGCGAGCCCGUCCCCAUCUCCGAUGUGCCGCGGACAACGGCCAGCCUCAUCGAGAUGCUGUACCCCAUCGUGGAGCAGGAGGCCCUAGCCCUGGGAUUCGACUUCUUCAUACUCGGUAACACGGGCGUGUUCCGUGGUAACAUCAUUUCAUCUGUGUCGAUCAACGUGUGCUUGCGCCGUUUGGGCAGAGGGCUGCCGUGUCACGGCGUCCUCGCUGGGUAUUACGAAAUGCUGUACAAGGGCUACAUGUGA